GGGGCCCCGCUGGGUCCAAACCUGGACCACAGGCAAACAGAGUUAAUCUUGCAGUAUUACAGGCAGUGCAUGUGAGAUUUUAUUUUUAUUAAUUACCUGUGAUGCGUCCAAGCUUUCCCUUUAGGUUGGCGCCCACAUACCCAGCCAGGUGAGCCCCCAAACUGACCCCAAUGAGAUGAAGUGAGCUCAACGAGGCUCCUUCCUCCUAAGGACACAUUCCAUCUUGAGCUCCCAUUUGCUGCCAUGUCCACGUGAAGGCUCACCUGCAUGCUCAAGAUGAACCCUGUCAGGUUGUAGGCCGCCUCCCUGGUGUAGCUAACGGCGGUGAUGUAGUUGAGAUUAGCGGCCCCCCGGUUCCAGUCCACCACAAUCACGUUCAUGUCCUCCUGCUUUGCCAGCAGGCGCACGAGGUGGUCGAUCCAGAUUGGCGGCGCCCCAGUGGGGCGGUAGCCGUGGACGAUGAAGGCGGUGGGACGGGAGAGGUUGAAGAGCGGCUGCGAAGGGAAGAGGUGGUGAUGGAGUUCGCGGCCGCAGUCCAGGUUGGAGCGCGUGUAGAGGAGCAGGCGCACGUACAGGCUGGUGCCCAUGAAGCAGUGGGACAGGUUCAGGUCGGUGAAGUUGUCGCAGGGAUCAUCAGCACCCGAUUCCUCCCAGCCUAGACCAGGCAUGUGGAGAGCGAGACUUACAAGUCGGGUAUGCAGUAUCAAUUCUUUAUUAUUGUCAAUUUGUUCCAGGUAAAUUUCUGUACAGUAGGAUUCCUUAUUGAUAAAUUACCAGGAAAUAUUUUUGUAAUGUGAACAAAGGAAACCUGUUCACAACAUUUUUUUUGCAGUAUUUUCGCUCUUGAGACUUGAACUAACAGGUGUAGAAUCACCUUUUACACUUGUAUUACCCAAUGAAGAAGCUACAAUGCUCAGGUGUGAGUGGUGGCGGACAGGAAGUUUCGGUUUAGCUUGUGAAUAGCGGGCAUCUGUUGCAGUACAUUCAUUUUAUAGCUCAGUGAGUUCCAUAGUUUUAUCCCACGUAUUGAUAUGUUAAUUAAAUACAAAUAGAAUCGACAAACAUUACUACAUGAUGAAAAAAAACAAACAAUCCAAAGUCCCGGUCUCGAGUACGUUUUAUGGGACACUGGAGGUACUCGGGUGCGACACUGCCCUCAAUCGGAUCAGCCUGCUAUUAAAAACACCUCAUCCUUCGACGCAAGAGGUGAUUAGUGUAGUCAAUCAAAGCAGGAGGGUGGGACCACUGCAUGGAGAUGGAAGUAAUUAACGCCAUUACUGUUACUACUUCACUAAGAAUUUAGAUUGCAUAUUCUGGGAAUGUUUUUCGGAUUUGCUAUUUAAGUCGUGGUGCAAAAAAUUGCCAUCUUACCUUGGCAGAGCACGAGGACUCCCAGCAGACCCAGGUGUCUGCAGGACAGCAUCCUUCCGAGUUUCUCAGGGAAUGACAGCGAGCGGCGUUCCUGGGAAGAUCGGGCUGAGCCUGUUGGUUAAGAAGGCAGGGAAGGCUCCUUGUGGGAGGAGCUAAAAGUAAGAGUAGGAGUCGGCUAAUCAUAUGGCUUAUUUUGCACACCAGUAACACCAUGUCCAAGCAUGCCUCUGCUGGUAGCUGGAGGUACGACAUGAGGCGUUUUUUUCGGGUUUGGUUUAGGCCUAUCAAACUAAGGGUCCUUGUGGUCCACAAAAGAUGUCCGCGAAGUAAAGGGAGAACUCGCCUGGUGGUCCCGCAAUGAUUUCCAUCCCAGAUUAGUGACUGUGAGGGUUAUUAAUAGCUUCCAAAGGCGGCCCUGCCCUCUAGAAUCGGCACCGACACAUAUAAUUUAGCUUGCUGCAUGCUGGGAGUACUUCAAAGCUGCUGGCAUUGUGAGAUCCGCGUGAAGUCAACACACUGGGACACUCUCAAGUCUUCACCAUCUUGAGGACUUGAGGUCCAGAACUUGUGGACAGCCAGAUAACGGAUCAGGGAAAAGGUCACAAUGUUCUGGCUGCCAAAGAGCUUAUUAGUUGAAGCAACCCCACGUCACAUACACAAACGUCAGUCACAUGACUUGGCAAAGAUAGGAGAUUAGAACAUGAGACGUGGGUCUGAUCUUAUUUUGAAUGGAAACUUAAUUGAUCUGCAGAUGAUUGACAGUCUGCAGCAGCUUCUGGCUCUUUUAAAAUAAAAGGCACUCAGGUUAGUUUAAAAAAAAAACAACCAAACAUAUAGAUUAUUUUACACUUGUGGUUCCUUAACAGUACUGCUGUUGCCGAUGGUGUCCAUUAGUUCUGUAGGUAGCAAGACGACCAGGACAUUGGUGCUGCUUGAGGCUGAGGCUGCAGGUAUCUCAGGUGGAGCGCCACGAGACGGAGAUUGGACGCCGCCUCCUUUAAAGCCUCAGACGCCUUCGCUUCCCCUUCGGCUGCUAUCAUCUUGGACACAACAUGAAAAACGUUACUUUCAACUACCGGUACAUGUUCCCGUCACGUCCACCAUGACUUGAAAUAGGUCACAUGACCUUCACUUGAACCUAUAGCGGCUCAGCCUUCACACAGAUGGCGAUGUCAGGUCAGAGUGGGCCGGCAGACCCAACAACAUCAAUCUGUCCAGGCGGCAACAGACCGACAGAUUGUGGUGCACUACUAAAAGACCAGACUUCUUUUCUGGUACCUUGGCUCUCGUUCCUUCCUGGAAGCUGCAGCCUCUGAGGCCAGACAACACUGGAGACCGGCAGGGAAGCUCAGGUUCGUCACAGCGACCCGCUCCACCUGGACACCCCAGCAGCACUCAGCACCAUCUGCAGGAGAAGACAGAUGGACGUGACGACAAGCUUGAAGUCUCUUCUACUCGCCAUACAGCAAUAUGGAGAAGGCAGGAGCGCUCACAAUGCUGCACAGCUCCUUAAACAAGUGGAGGAGAUUUCUUCCCUCAAAUGCGAGCAGCUGCUGUCCUCAGGCCAGCUUUUACCCACCGAGUGUGUUCGCAGCCUGGUGGAGCUGACGGGGAACCCAAACACAUGCCCCACCUUGGCGAGUGCCAUCAUCUCCCUGCUGGCUCAGCUUGCUUGCGAUGAUGACAGCAGAAGGAUACUUCACAGUAGCUUCAACCUCACCAGCAUCAUGGCAUCCGUCAUACAUCGGCACAGCGCCACGCCAGAAGAUCCUCUGGUACUUCAGAGUCUACAGUUGCUGCAGAAGCUGACCUACAGCACCCGUGUGUUCCCGUCCACCAGCUACAUUCACGAGCUCAUCGGCUUCCUCAUGACCAACAUCCACUCCCAAAAUGACGACAUCACCAUGCCGUGCCUCGGCCUGAUGGCCAACCUGUGUCGGGACAACCCCACGGUGCAGAGUCACAUCAAGUCACUGGAUAACAUCAAGCCCUUUUAUCGAACGCUCAUCAACUUUCUGGCUCACAACAGCCUCACUGUGGUGGUCUUCACAUUGUCCAUUCUGGCCAGCCUCACUCUCAACGAGAAGGUUGGAGAAAAGCUGUUUGAUGCCAAGAACAUCCACCAGACCUUCCAGCUGGUCUUCAACAUCAUUGUGAACGGAGACGGCACUCUCACUCGGAAGUACUCUGUGGACCUUUUGGUUGAUCUCUUGCAGAACCCUAAAAUUGCAGAUUAUCUCACCCGGUAUCAGCACUUCUCAGCAUGUGUGUCUCAGGUUUUAGGACUGCUGCAGUUAAAGGAUUCUGACUCUGCGGCCAAGGUUUUGGAUCUGCUCCUCGCCAUGUGUGGCGUCUCGGGCCUGCGACCGCUGCUGUGCCAGGUCCUGUUCAAGCCAGCCGCCCCCAAACUCAGGGCGACGGGUCGUAGGCAGGCGGCGGCGCUUGGAGGAGAACCCAUGGCGGAGCCGGGGCUGGCACUGGUGCAAUGGCUGAGCUUGCCUGUGAAGGGCGCCGAGGGUUGCUCGCUUAAGGCUCUGCAGCUGUUGAAGGACCUGCUGGAGGAGGCACUGGGAGCCGCCUCCGUGUCCGAUGGCGUGCGCAGCUUCGUGGAAAUGCUCCUUCCCGUCCUGCUUGGCUUCGUCAAAGAUGCGGACCCCGCCCACAGAGACGCUCCCCUGAGACAACACUGCGAGCGCAUCACUCAUGUCAACGACGUGCUGCUCGUCAUGUGCGCCGAGGACGCCACGCGGGCUCUGGUGUCCAAGCAGGUGAGCGCUCAGCUCUGCCUCUCGCAGGUGGAAAUGCUUCUUGCCGGUUGUCAUAGCAACAACCCUCCCGGCUCGGACAACAACCUCAGUCAGGUCUGUGCCGAGGCUCUGCUGAAGACGUUGGAGUUGAUGAGCAAACUGAGGCAGCAGGUGAAGGACAUGGAGACCAGCUUCUAUCGCACACUUCAGGACCAGAGGAUAGCCACACCCCUCUCUCAGGCCCUGACCUCUCAUCACAGGGAGCACGUGCAGACCGGCCUCGCUCUCUUAUUAGAGGCCACGGCCCUCCCGGACUUUCCGUCCCUGGUUCUUGGGGAAAGUAUCGCCGCCCACAAUGCUUACCGCCAAAGGGAGGCUGACUUGUCUGUCAAGCGCAUCGCAGUGCAGGACAUCCCUGCUCCUUCUGCUCUUCCUUCUUCUCGCAUCAACACCAGUGGCCUGGAGGUGUCCAGCGCAUCCAGUAGUGGCGUCCACAGCCUGGUGGACAAGCUCCACAGUGGCUUGGAGCUGCAGGAGCAGGCGAAGGACGGCCAUGUGUCUGACAUCAUUGACGUUUAUGAACAGAAGCUCGCUACCCUCGCUUCGAAGGAGAGUCGCCUCCAGGACCUGCUGGAGGCGAAAGCUGUGGCGCUGUCUCAGGCUGACCGCCUCAUCUCUCAGUAUCACUUCCAGCGAGCUCAGGCCGAGGCUGAGGCUCGUAAGCUGGCCAGUCUGCUGAAGGAGGCGGAGCGGCGGCGAGAGGAGCUGCAGGGCGAGCUGGGCGGCCAGCUGGAGGAGGUGAAACGCUCCAAGGCCGACAUGGAGGAGCUGCUGCAGCACAACGCGCGACUGCAACACGACUCAGAGGAGCAUCAGGCCCUCAAAGGAAGCUACAACACCCUGCUCAACAGGUUUAACGAGAGCGAGCGGGUCCUGAGAGAGCUUCAGGCGGCUCACAGCAGCCUCGUCAAACAGCUCGACACGCUGAGGAAGACCCACGAAGCACUGCAGCAGCAGCACGACAGGACGGCGUCAUUGCUGCAGGAGAAGGAGAAGGAGAUGACGUCGUUGCGUUCAGAUCUGCAGCUGAAGGAGGAUGACAUCGAAGGUUUGCGAGGUGAGCUGCGGGCACACGGUGAGAAAGCCAGGGUCAAGGAGCAGGAGAGGAGGGAGAUGGAGGAGAUGUUGGACGUUCUUAGGAAGGAACUCAACAAGACGGAGCAAGCCAGAAAGGAUGCUAGCAUCAAGGCGUCGUCUCUGGAGCUUCAGAAGAGUCACCUGGAAGGCAAACUGAAGCAGAAGGAGGACGAGCUAAGUAAGCACUCCGCCAUGAUCGCCAUGAUCCACAGUCUGAGCAGCGGCAAGAUGAAAAGCGAUGUCAACCUCUCGCUGUGAGACGCACAACACCACCACAAUGGAAAAAUGACAUCAACUUUAUUUUAAACAUCACAUGAUGAUUUCUUUAAAACUGCUUUUUUUUUCUAUGUUUCUAUUUAAAGAACAUGUCUUGUAUCUUUUAGUAUUUGGUCAAUAAAUGUUGAUAAAUGUG